AUGGCGACGACAAUCAAACUUCUUUUUUUGAUAGCCUUGCAUGCAACCGCUCUCAAUUUAAUUGUGUGCUAUGCAGCUAAUCCGUUGUCGUCGAAGAAACUGUUGUUUGUGUUUGGAGACUCACUCUUUGAUCCUGGCAACAAUCAGUACCUCAAUAAUUCAAUGCCAAGCGCAUCAAUAUCAUGGCCUUAUGGUAUGAAUAUGAACAACAAAUCCACUGGCAGGUUAUCGGAUGGCCUUUUGGUUCCUGAUUUCGUCGCCCUAUUUGCAAACCUGCCUGUGGAUCCACCAUGCAUGCAACCAGGAGCUGAUUUAACCAGUGGGGCUAACUUUGCUUCUGCUGGAGCGGGUGUUCUAGGAGAAAGUAACGGAGUGAUGAAUCUUAAUACACAGUUGACCAAUUUCAAGAAGGUGGUAACUUUGUUAGUACAAAAAAAAGGUGAGCAAGAAGCGAAGAAGAUUUUAAUGAGCUCUGUGUACUUAUUCAGCAUGGGAGGCAACGAUUACUUUAGGUAUAACUUGAAUUACCGGAACUCCACCAAAUCUGAGAGAGUAACAUACAUGCAUACUGUGGUAGCCAGCUUAACAAAUGGAUUCAAGGAAAUAUAUGCAAUGGGAGGGAGGAAAUUUGCGAUCCAGAAUGUUGCACCAUUAGGUUGCUUGCCAUCGACAAAAGCAAUGUACCCUGAAUUAAAUGGUGCUUGUGUUAAAAAUUUCUUAACACAUCCGAAACUACACAACAAAGCUCUAUAUAAUAAGCUUAACAAGAUGGCAAAGCAACUACCAGGCUUCAAACAUUCCAUCAUGAACUACUACUAUGCUCUCGGUGAUAGAAUAAGUAAGAGUCCAAUAUAUGGUUUCAAGGAAGGGAAAGUUGCAUGUUGCGGCAGUGAGCUAUGUAAUGGACAAAAUUGUGGAGUAGGUUCAUACAAGUUAUGCAAGAAUCCAAGUGAGUAUGUCUUCUUCGACGGUGGCCAUACAACCCAGAAGACAAGUCGCCAACUAGCAGAGCUUCUGUGGAGUGGAGGGCCAAAUGUCACUGGACCCUAUAACGUGAAGCAACUAUUUGAGUUUCCUUAA